GAAGCAACGUGUUCCUUGAGUCAGAUGGGACACAACUCUGCUAAGAUGAAACACGCACAGUUACUCGCUCGGUUACUUUUUACAUGUGGGCUUGUAGUUAUACAUGGCCAAGCUACGGAAACAGCAUUCCCAGAUGAGCUGGAAGCGGAAUACGACUAUAUAGUUGUGGGUGCCGGGUCAGCAGGAUGUGUUGUGGCAGGUCGUCUGUCAGAAGACAGGGGCGUCACCGUGUUGUUGGUAGAAGCUGGUGGGGACGACAGGGGGAACCCUUUUAUCACCGUGCCAGCCUUCGCGUCCCUCAACUUUCGAACAGACAACGACUGGCAGUAUUUCACGGAGCCACAGCCGGGUGUAAUGAAAGGUUUUGUUAACGGUCGUUCGUACUGGCCUCGUGGUAAAGUUCUAGGCGGUACUGGCAGCAUCAAUGGCAUGCAGAUAACUCGAGGCUCCAGACACGACUUUGACAGGUGGGCCAGGUACGUCAGAGAUAACAGCUGGGACUACAACCAUGUCUUACCUUACUUCAAGAAGAUGGAGGACAUGCUGGUGCCGGAACUCAGGAACUCAGACUAUCACGGAAAAGGUGGGCCCGUCCCUGUCAGCAUCACGGAACCUCUGCCCAUCGUUGACCGGCUGCUUGAAGCUGGGAGAGACACCGGCUACACUGUGAACCCAGACUACAACGGUGCCACACAAGAAGGAAUAUCUAGGCCUCAGGUCAACGUCAAAUUCGGCCAGAGAUGGUCAACGUCCAGGGCUUACAUCCACCCAGCGUUAAACAGGACAAACCUUCACGUCUCGCUCAACUCUACUGUCACCAAAGUACAAAUUGACGGGGACAGAACUACAGGUAUUGUUUUCAUCAGAAACGGGAAAGAGACGGAAGUCAAAGCCAGACAUGAAGUCAUCCUGUCAGCAGGAACGGUUGGCUCUCCACAGAUUCUAAUGCUGUCUGGUGUUGGUCCUAAGGAACAUCUGGAAGCCUUGAAAAUACAAGUCAAGCGAGAUCUCCCUGUCGGGUACAAUCUACAGGACCACUUGUUCUUUGAAGUUGGUAUCAAGAUCAAUCAGUCCUUGACACUGAACCGCCAUUACAGGACAGACCCAGCGAACAUCAUCAAGUAUGUUAUCAAUGGCACUGGUCCUCUCGCCUCGCCUCCGUACCAGGCUCUCGCGUUCAAAUCAUUGUCCAAUAACUCAAGUUUCCCGCCGGAACUACAGCUCGAGUUCCCUGUCCUUCUUCCAGGAACAUCAGACGGCACCCUGGGCUACACACCGGAAAUACUAGCUGAGAUGAAGAAGAGAGACUCAGCACAGUACGGACUGAUGUGUAACCCAACUUUGAUACGGCCAAAAAGUAGAGGCAGGAUAACACUUCGCUCGGACGAUCCUUUCGAUAAGCCGAUAAUUUAUGCUAAUUAUCUCAGUGACAAGGACGAUAUCGAUGUUUUGAUUCAAGGUAUCAGAGAGUGUGAAAAGAUUGUCAAUACCAGCACCAUGCAGGCUAUUGGGGCUGAAUUAACUGACGACACGCCCGUGUCCCAGUGUUCCCGGUUCACGUUCAGAUCUCGCGAGUACAUGGAGUGUCUGGUCAAGCUGAGGCCAUGUAGUGACUAUCACCCCGUGGGGACCUGCAAGAUGGGACCUAGAGAUGACCCUACGGCCGUGGUGGACUCUCAGUUGAGAGUACACGGAGUACGUGGUCUGCGCGUAGUGGACGCCUCUAUAAUGCCAGACAUUGUCUCCGGGAAUCUACAGGCCUCUGUUAUCAUGAUUGCUGAGAAGGUUGUCGACCUAAUUAUCAAGACCCUAAACUAAAACACUGAAGAUAUGCAUUAAAAUAUUUGGCUUUUAA